UUGGAAUCUUGUUUCUAUCCCCAAGUGAGGUCAUUUGGUGGUUCAAGUGGUUCAUGUGGUUCAUCCCUCGACAAUCUUAUCUGGUACCCCUCGCGGGUAUGAGGGGAAAAGCGACCCAUUUCAAAAAAAUCCUCCCCGCAGUCGCAACAUCGAAACCAACCCUCAUCAACCAUCAUCAAAAAUGCCGCCACCACCCAGCCAUGGCCUAAACGUAAUCGCCCUAAUAUCCGGCGGAAAGGACUCGCUCUACUCUAUCCUCCAUUGCAUCCGCAACGGACACAAGGUUGUCGCGCUAGCGAAUCUGCAUCCCCCGCCGCCGCCAAACACCAGCAGCAGCACAACACAGAAUGACAAUGUUGAAGAAAGCAAAUCGACAGGUGAAAGUGGGGUGCAAGAAGGCGCGGACGACAUCGACAGCUUCAUGUACCAAACGAUCGGCUGGGGCGUGAUCCCGCUGUACGAAGAAGCCCUGGGAAUCCCGCUGUAUCGGCAGGCGAUUGUUGGUGGGGCAGUUGAUACGGGGAGGGUUUAUGGGGAUGCUACGACGGCUACUGAAGAAAAGGUAGAGGGAGGAGGGGGAGGAGGAGAUGGAGGGCGAGACUCUCCCGACGAAACCGAAUCGCUCAUCCCGCUUCUCCACCGCGUGAUGGCUGCACACCCAGAAGCCAACGCCGUUUGCGCGGGCGCGAUUCUCUCCACGUACCAGCGCACGCGGAUUGAGGAUGUUGCGGGGAGACUGGGGCUGACCCCGUUGGCGUGGCUGUGGCAGUAUCCGUUUCUACCACGGCCGAUGGAGAGGAUUUCUGGUAUCCCUGGCGGAGCAGAGACAGAGGCGGGUCUACUCGAGGAUAUGAGUGCUGUGGGAUGCUCGGCGAGGAUUGUGAAAGUUGCCUCGGGGGCGCUUGAUGAGAGCGUGCUCUGGGGGGAUGUUGCGGGGGGUGCUGGUGCGGAGGGAGCACGGUUACGUGGGAAGCUUGUGAAGGGGAUGCGGAGGUUCGCGGCUGAUGGGGAGGAUAUUCGCGGGGCGGUUUUGGGGGAGGGUGGAGAGUAUGAGACGCUUGCGGUGGAUGGACCGGGGUUUUUGUGGAAGGGGAGGAUUGAGAUUGCGGAGGGUGGGAGGGAGGUGAGGGUAGGGGAAGGGGGUGUUGCGUAUUUGAGGCUGAGCGGGGCGAAGGUCGUGCCUAAGGAGCAGCAGCAGGGGGAUGAGUUUACGCCGGAGACUGUACGAAGGCCUGCGCUGUUUGAUCGAGGCUUUGAAAGUGCGUUGGAGGGAUUGUGGGAUGGAAUUGAAGAGGAAGAUGAGGUUGGACAGACAGAAACGCCUGCGUGGAUGGCUUUGAACUGCGUUCAGUCUGUCAACGGUGGCAUAUGGACUGUGGCCAAUAUUACAGCGCCUGAGGCUGGUCCUGGUGCUGGUGAGCAGAUGGCAGCAAUCGCGAAGAAGAUACACGCAAUAUUGGAUAAUUCCAGCCAGGAUGGCGCUGGCCCACGGACGACAGCUGAUAUUGUUUUCACCACGGUCCUGCUUCGAUCUAUGGGAGAUUUUCCAUUGAUGAACAGUAUCUACGUCGGUUUAUUCAAGAAGCCUAACCCACCUGCGAGAGCUACAGUGGCAUGUGGUGAGAUUCUCCCCAAAGGAGUGAAUGUCAUGCUCUCGAUGGUCGUCGAUCUAGGCCCAAGAGCUCGACGCUAUGGCCUCCAUGUCCAGUCACGAUCGUACUGGGCGCCAGCCAAUAUCGGGCCGUAUUCGCAGGCCAUGUCCAUACCUCUACAAGGGACAGAACGAGCGGUAUACAUUGCUGGUCAGAUUCCUCUCGAACCUGCUUCGAUGGAGUUGGCGGAGUGUCCACAACAGAACGGGCAACCUCUUUGGGCCCAGACUUAUUGCCUACGUGCCGUCCUGUCGCUUCAGCAUAUGUGGCGCAUAGGCACAGCUAUGGAUGUCAAUUGGUGGCUAGGAGCCGUAGCAUUUUUCACUGGACGUGACCAUACUAAGGCCAGGGCGAGGGCCGCAUGGAAGCUCUGGGAGAAGAUGCAUGACUCGACCGAAGAAGCAGAGCAAGAAGACGAGGCAACACUAGACAUCUGGGAUAUCAAAUAUGGGCGCAGAGGACAUGAGCAGGCCAAACCUGUCGCGAGCCAUCGGAUUCCAGACCUUGACCUGGUGGCGGAUGGCUCCGAUAGCCGAGUCCCCGGAUUUCUGGCAGUCCAGGUCCAUGAACUUCCCAGAAAUAGCGACAUUGAAUGGCAAGGUUUAGGCUAUCGCUGCGAAGGAGUGAAAGUAUCUCGGACGGAAGCCGAGUACGGGCGGACGACGAAUGUCACCACGAACGAAAACCAGGUGUAUUCCUUCAUUGAGGUCGAUGGAGGAGCCAGCUCGUCUGAUCUCAAAUCGCGGAUACAGCGCGUGUUGGAGGCAUGCACUGUAUCAUCGAACAGUUGCCACUGCGUUAUCUACAGCAGUCAGCCCCUCCCCCAAGACGGUUUCCCAGGCCAAGUGGUUCCCUGCAAGUCGGUUUGGGGCGCAGAGGGGAGGAAACUGGCGGCAGGGGCGAUUGUACAGAGACAGGCGUGCUAACCAUCGCCUAGCCGCUUGGCAGUGAAACUUAAAGGCGAGAAUAGGACGCCGUUGAUGGCGCGAGAUUCUCGAAAACCUCCGAACGUGCGUAUUCCCAUGCUGAUGGCUGAUGGUCCAUCGUCCUAGGCAGAAUCAUUGAUUGGCCGAUAAGCGUGGGCUAAACGUGCCCGGCAGAAAUGUCACCAGUCAUCGUCGCGAGCGACUGUUAGGAUUUCCACUGUUCUCGACCUCCUCGAGCCGUCGUACGUGUCGCCUAGCCGAUUGGACUGGCGCAGCCCCAGAGAGCUUUGUCCUCUGGAUCGGGUGGAAGCUAAGGCCGAU